GCACAUCCGGGUGCCGCGGCGCCGCCCCCCCCGGCUACCGCUGCCGCCCGGGCCCGCGGGAGCCGCGCCGGGCUUCUCCCAUGCCAGUCGCCGCCCGCUCGCCGGCCGCUGCCGUGCGGCGGGGAGCGGCCGGGCUCCGCCGGCGGUCGCCGCCAUGAUGCCGGCCCUGGCCGCCCAGCGGCGGGGUUGCCGCGGCCUCUACCGCCUGUACCUGCGGUGCCAGGCGGCGCCGCUCCCCCGUGCCUGCCACGGAUGGCAAGCUUCAAUGAAAAGUGUGAGUCUGUCCUAUAUUUUACAAUGCAAUCGUCUGCCUGUGCAGUUGGUGAGGCAAGUGAGAGUUUAUACCUCCAAUGGUCAGAAAAAAGAUCUUGGAUCAGAAGAUACAAGUGGAUCAACCCCUAAAGAAAACCUGCAUAAAGUUGGAACAGGACAAGAUACGACCAAUGCAGGCCAGAAGCAGUCUUUCCUUAAAGAGCCAAUCCAAGUGAAAGUGAAAGCAGUCCUUAAAAAAAGAGAGUAUGGACCAAAAUACACACAGAAUAACUUCAUCACUGGAGUCAGAGCAAUAAAUGAGUUUUGUCUGAAAUCCAGUGAUUUAGACCAGCUGAGGAAAAUUAAAAGACGAAGCCCCCAUGAUGACACUGAGACUUUCACUGUGUACCUGAGAUCGGAUGUAGAGGCAAAGUCUCUUGAAGUUUGGGGUAGUCCAGAGGCACUUGCUAGAGAAAGGAAACGCCGUAAAGAAGCAGAGAUCAAGUACAGAGAAAAUCUAUUUAGAAACCAAAGGCUGUUGUGGGAAUACAAGGAGUUCUUUGGAAAUACUAAGCCACGCUCCAGUGCAGCAGCUAUGUUUUUCAAGGGACCAGGGAAGGUGGUAAUGGUAGCUAUUUGCAUAAAUGGCUUGAACUUUUUCUUUAAGCUACUUGCUUGGGUUUACACGGGUUCUGCAAGUAUGUUUUCAGAAGCCAUACAUUCUUUAGCAGAUACAUGUAACCAGGCAUUGCUAGCUUUGGGCAUCAGUCAGUCUGCAAGGACACCUGACCCUAGUCAUCCGUAUGGUUUCACAAACAUGCGCUAUAUUGCCUCCCUGAUUAGUGGGGUGGGCAUAUUCAUGAUGGGUGCAGGACUUUCUUGGUACCAUGGGAUCAUAGGUUUGCUCCACCCUCAUCCUAUAGAAUCUCUUCUCUGGGCAUACUGCAUUUUAGCAGGGUCAUUGGUGUCUGAAGGAGCUACCCUUCUGGUUGCUAUAAAUGAAAUUCGCAAGAGUGCUCGAGCCAAGGGCCUGUCAUUUUAUCAAUAUGUUGUGCAGAGUCGUGAUCCUAGUACUAAUGUGGUGUUACUGGAGGAUGCUGCAGCAGUUCUGAGUGUGGCUGUGGCUGCUACCUGUAUGGGUCUGACUUCUUUAACAGGAAACCCUUAUUAUGAUAGUGUGGGAUCACUAGGUGUUGGAACUUUGUUGGGAACUGUGUCAGCAUUUCUAAUCUACACUAACACUGAAGCCCUUCUGGGACGAUCUAUUCAACCUGAACAACUGCAGCGACUCACAGAGUUCCUGGAAAGUGAUCCUGUAGUAAGAGCAAUUCAUGAUGUUAAAGCCACAGACAUGGGAAUGAGCAAAGUGAGAUUCAAGGCAGAAGUAGACUUUGAUGGACGGGUUGUUACUCGUUCUUACCUGGAAAAGCAAGACAUUGAACAGCUGCUACAAGAAAUUCAACAAGUGAAAACCUUAGAAGAAUUAGAAGCCUUCAUGCUUAAACAUGGUGAGAAUAUAAUUGACACACUGGGAGCUGAAGUAGACAGACUUGAGAAGGAUCUAAAGCAACGGAAUCCAGAUGUUCGUCAUGUGGAUUUGGAGAUAUUAUAGACUUGGCAGAAGAAAUCUUCAGAUUGCCACCGUUUUGGAAAGAAGUCAUCUAAAGGGCUGAAAAGCCUCUGAAAUUGCAGUGACCUCAGCACCAUACCUCGCUUACUUUUUCCUAUAGGCUUCCUGGACUGUUAGCACUGCUUCUGUUUCUGGAAGAGUGCUAGACUUGCAGACAGAAAUUUCCAUGGCAAAAUCAGUUUUCAAAAGCUACUUGACUUAAAUUCCACAGGAGAGUCUGUCAGAGUGUAUUUACUGCAAUUCAGUACUUAAAACUUGAGGUUUAGUUAGGCAAAUAGAGCUGCCUGAAAAUAUACAACACACUUAGUUUUUCCAUUUGUGUCCCUUUGCAGUCAGUUUGCACUUCUUUAGUUUCUUUCAAGAUAUCAUUAAAGGUUCUUGGGAGAUAAUAAGAUUAGCUAGGAAGAGUUUGUUCCAGUGGAACCUGCCAACCUUAAACUAAUUGUAGUAUUUCAACUGUGUGAUUGUUUCACAGUUUUUCUUUUCUGUGAUAUAAAUUCCUCCAAACAGGUGCUGGCCUUCUCUCAAGUACAAUGACCUGGAAACCUUUGUCACCAUUGUUACUACCAACCACACUUCAGAAAAAUAAGGCUUUUCUUCUCAUUGGAAACAGCUGGAUGUGGGUAGCCAGAGUAUAUUAUGUUACUGUGAAGACAUUACUGUUGUACAGACUUCAGUGCACUUCUCUGUUUAAAUUUUGUUCUUUUUUCCCUUAUUUGACACUUGUUCUCCUAUUUGUAUCUUCAGAUGUAAUCUGGGAGAUAUUUAUGGUAGUACUUACUAAGAGUUACCUGGCAUUUUUGGCUUUUUAUACUUUGAAUAGGCUGUAUUGCCAGAUACAGUCUUUGAUAGAAGGUGUAAGAGAUGUAGCUGGAAGUUAAAAUAGAGAAAAAUGUAUUUAUAAUUAAACAAAUUAAUACAUUGUACUUUUAAUUUAUUGACCUCUAGACAUUAUCUGUUUUCUGAAUUCUAAACUGCUUGCUUCUGUGUGGUUUUUUUUGGUUUUUUUUUUUAAGAAUUGACUUUGCUUGUUUGGAAGAGUAAAUUCAUGCUAUGAGUGGUCCUCAACAAUCCUGACAUGAGUGCUUAGAGUUUUUAACUUUGAAAUGUACAAUUCUAGCACUGUACAUAACCAGCCUCAAGACUUUCUGCAAUGGGCACCCAAGUUCUACCAAAUUCUUGGGAGACCUGGUCGUUAUUAAUAAGGCCAUGAUUACUGAUCAUCAAAGUUCAAAUGCAAGGAAAUAACUGCAUAUAAAUAACUCAGAAGAAAAUCAUGUAUGAACUUUAGCAUAUUUUAGUAAAAUAAAUUGCUCAUGGGUGAGAGGUGGUAGCAAGACCCUUCUCAUGACUUGCUGAGUAACGACAGACUUGCUGAAAGAAGAAAUGUUGGUUUGAAAUACAUCUUCAAAAAUCAAUUUAAUCUUAAAUUACAAGCAUUGCAGCAAAUAAAUGUGCAGACCAGUAUGUCCAGAUUUGACUUAAAAGCAUUUUAGAACGUUAUUUUCAUACUAAGUGUUACUUACCAGUGAAUUAUGAGAAUUUAAAAUAGCAUGCCUUUUGACAACUGCAAAGCACUUUGCACGCUGGUCAUUUUAAGUAGCAGAACAUUCCAGAACUUAGUUACAGAUGGGACUUCACAUACACAGUGGGUGAAGGGGUCUCUUUAGCAUCCACGUCCAUAAUCCGUAUUUAUUGGUGGCUUUUUAGCAUAUUAAUUUAUUACAGAUAAUCCAAAAGAAGGCCGACUUAAGCUGGUUUUCUCCUAUUGUAGAACUAGGUAGUAUAUUUAAGCCUGAUUUGAAAUGCAGUUUGAAGGUAAUUUUGAAGUAUACUUGUACCAAGUAACUAACUGAGGCAUAUUUUAGUGCAUUAUGAAUCAUUUACCUUUCUCCUCACCCUUUCACGUGAACUUCAUCUCACCUCAGUCUGCAUUCUGCUGAUGUUAGUCUUGUACACGAAGAGCACUGGAAUCUGAUAACGCAUAACUUCUUCCCUUCUUAAAAUAUUUAAAUGGAUAUUGAAUUUGAAUAAACACUCUAAUAAACCCAUUAUUCCAGAAAUCCUAACAACCUGAAGAGAAGUAAAACUGGGAAAAUGUUUUUACUGGGGCAAGGUUAGUGGCAACAGCCAGUGUGAUUUACAUGAUUUGUGUACUGGAGUUACUGAUAAGAGUAGUGUUAGUAUGUGCUUCGCUGGGCAAAAAUUUUACUGAGAGGCUAGUAAAUGUUAUUUCAAUACUAAAGCGUUCCCACACCUUGUUUAAGAGAAGGCAUGAGUUUAUAUUCUGGGCAUCUUCUCCAAAAGCCUAUAAAGAUGUUUUCUUAUUCAUCAGAGAGGUAAUUCAUAAGAGUUCUGAUCUUAGUUUCCUUAUCUGAGUCAGAAGAUCGCCUUGGUUGGAAAAGACCUUCAAGAUGGAGUCCAACCAUUAAUCUAACAUUGGCAAGUCCUUAACUAAACCAUAUCCCCAUGUACCAUGUCUGUACACUGUCUGGUGUAUUUAUUUUGUAUUCCAAGAUAAAACUCAGAUCCUUGUCUCCCAGUUAGUUUUUAUAGGAUCACAAUAUACUAAAUUUAGGAAGUCAGAACUGGAAUGUUUUUCAUUAUAUAACAGUUGCAUAGUUUGAGAAUCCCAGUUCCAUUUUAAAAGACUACUCAGGUGGUAAUGUACCACAAAAAGGCAGGCAGACUGGUUUUGGCAGUUCCUUUUAAGUUUACGUGUCUUGCAGUUGGAUGACAAUAGCAAUUCAUUGAGCCUGUCAGGUUGGAAAGAAAAACUAUUUCCAAGCUGUUUUGUUUUAAUAUAAAUUGCAGAUUGUUUUUGACAGUUUUGACAUUUUUAAAGCUUUUUUUUUUCCUUAAUUGUCUAUGAUCUAAAACUUGGUGAUGUGGGUCCAGUACUUGGUUUACUUCUGUUUUAGUGUUUUUGGAGAAAAUGUUUAGAUAAUACAUUUACAUUAUAGAAUCCUCAGAAUUAAAGAAGACUUAAAAAGUGUGGAAGAGUGGAUUUUUUCUUUUAUCACAAAUGGAAUUACAAGUUUCUUUUAGAGUGAUUUUAAGGAAAAGGAGUGGGGAUUUAGCUAACAAUAAAGCUCUGUUCUAGGAUUUUUUUUCUCAAGGUAGGGUCUUUUAAAAUAACUUUUGUAGUCUGGCCUUGCAGGUUUAAUUUUUUCAAAUUGUGUUAAAGUACUACUGCCCUCUGGUUUGUGAAAGGUUGCUUACAUGUUGUGUAAUGUCUCAUAACUCAGUAAAAAUUGCCAUGUUUGAAAAAACUGAUUUAGUGUUCCAGUACACUGAGUGAUCUUAAUGUAUUUUAAGUCAGAGUUGGUUGCAGACUAAUAAUACAUGUUUUCCUGUAUGAUUCUUAUAAAAGAUAAAAUUCUGAAGUUACUGUUUUCCCCCCAUUAAUCAAUUUCAAGUCUAAAUUACCUCCUUUAUACACUCUGGAAUUCAGUAUUUCAGGUGUUCUCCCUCUACCCCUCCACUUUCUAAAGCAUUUAUUAAGCAUAUUGUAGUAGUAAAUACUUCAGUGGACUACUGUGUUACAGAGACUGCUGCGUGUUCUGGUCCACAAGUAGCAGGGACUUGGGGAACAGCACAAUUUUAAGGGCAAGUUGCAUCUUUUUUCUUCUGUGAACUUAUGCUCAAGCAGAAGGGGUUUUUAGGCUUUGCUUUUCUCCUUCCUUGAAUUCCUACACAUUUAUUAUUUUUUUUAAUAACUCUUACUUGUAGAAGCCAUUAUGACCAUGUUACGUGUUUUUAUACCAUGGCUAGAUGCUACUCUUGGUCUCUGGAUUUUCUGUACUGUACUUCUUGUUCAUUGAUAGUUGAUGAUAAUGAUUACUCUUGAAAGCUGAGAAUCAUGUUAGCCAAAGCUCAUGGAGUUUUCUGGCAGAUGCACUUUUUUCAACUAUGUUCAGAGACUCAGUUUUUGUUGAGGGGUUUUUACUGGCCCCUCUUUGAUAAGGGGGAGUAUAGGGAUGAGGUUUAGGUAUCUUUUGUCUAGGUAAUACACUCACUGCUAUUCUGUGUUUGCUGUAUUUGUUACCAUUUGAGCUGUCUUCUUUUUUUUUUUUUUGUAAAAAGAAAAAAUUACACAUUAUGGAAGUACCCCUAUUAAUGAUGAGUGCAUCAAAUACAGGCUUCCUGCAAAGAGUUCUUAGUCUUUUGUUUAUUGCAAGUGUGGCAAUUUUUGAAAAUUUUCAAUUAAUUAGCUCUUUCUCUAAAGUUGAUUUAGAUGUGUUUCUCAGAAAAGAGUCUACAGAAGCAUAUUGUUCAGGAUUGGAAAGAAAAGUAUUCAAUUUAAUGGUCAUGUGUUCUUAAGGCAUUUUGGCUUGCUAGAGUAGAAGGAUUGAUUAAUAUUGACUCCCAUACAUAAACUGAACUUCUGUGCAUUCCUAAAGGCUUAUGUUGCAGAAGUGAAUAUAGAAUGGCACUGUGCUUUUUUUCUUCCAGCUUAAGUAUUGUGCUGCUUCUAUUCUUGUUAGCUCUGAAUAGAGAGUACAGCUAAUAUCUUUUUACCUUCUUAAUGUAAAUAGGAAGUCAAGGGGUACCAAAAAGAUUUUUUGGUGGAGGGGUUGUGUAGCUUAAAAUAAGUAAGUAUUCCUUUCUUGUUAGUGAGACACAAAUAAUUAACAUUAAAAGUAGAACUAUGUCUUUAUUACAUAUACAAAGAUACAGGAACCCAGCCUUUAAAGCACAGUAGUCAGAUUUUGAAAUACAUGUCCUUUGAAGAAAAGAAAAUGUGCAGGGAACUCUUAAGUUGUUAUAUGGGCUAUAGAAAGUGCAAUCACUCAGGCUUUGCUGAAGCAAAAGAAAGGAGUGUGUGGUAAAAAGAAAAAAAUAGAAGGAAAAAAAAACUGGUUUUGAGCACUUGGGAACAGGAAAAGAUGAACACAAUCUAAAAAAUGUGGCCAGAAAUAAGAAAUUAUUAUUAGAGAGGAAAAGACCAGUAAGAAAUACUGUAUUUUUAUUAGAAUGCACAGAACUAUGUAGUAGAACAUUAUCUUUCUUUUGGCAAUAUUCAGAUAGUUGGGUGAUUCCUCCCUACCACCCCCAGCUAAAAAUAUUUUUUUUUCUUGUAAUGAAAAUCAGUGCCUCUGUUUAACUGUAUCUGAAUAUGGUAUUCAGUCUUGCAGGUAUAUUCACCUUCUGAAAAGUUGGUCUUAUUGCUAAGGGUGAUGGUGUAAUCUCUAUCUGGAAUUUUGUUGGUGAGGUAUGUAUUUGGUAAGUGGAGGGUGAAUAAUUUCAGUUGUGGAAAUGGGAGCUGGAGUGAAUGAAAGAGAAGUUGAUUCUUUCAGCCAGAAAACUAUGGAAGCACUGAAGAUGUUGGGGGUGGGGCGGGGGGGGAAGAUGAUGUUCUGAGGUGUACAGAAUUCUUGCAUUGGACUGUAAUUGGUGAAUAUGCAAGUCUGUAUUUUUCAAGCUGCUUAAACACCUGUGGAUAAGCAAGUUUUCUAGUUAAAUUAAUCACAUUCUGAACAGGAGUUUAAGAAAAUGUUCAAAACAUAAUGUGAAAAGGAUGUAGAUUUUUUAAAUAGCACAGAUAGGUACUAUAAUGGAUUAUAGUAGAUAGGCAGAAAAUUGUAAUUCUGUCCUACAUUACACAAGGCUCUUGAGGACAGUUUCUUUUUUCUGUGUAAACAAAAGCCACCAAUUAAAAUAAAAGGUCUUAGUUACUUUCUGUGAGUGUUACACUAACAGUAAGCCUGGUCAAAUUUUUAAUUGCCAGCAUAUUCAUAGUGCUGCUAUGGAGAGAAGUUGUUAAUGUAGUGGAAUAGAGCUUGACACUAGGAUAUACUUAAUUUUUGUAACCUAAAUUUUGACUGUAUUUAAAACUUGAGGUUGUGAUCAGCUGCUUCAACUUGAAGACAGAAUUUUAAAAAAAUGCAAUGCUCUUUGUAAUAUAAAGGGGUUUUUUGUAAGUUUCUCUUCAAAUUAAAGAUGCUGUAGAACUACGUGAGAAGAAGUGUUCAAAAAGUGUCUAAAGCAUUUGGAAGGCAUUUUGGGUAUUGCAAAAAUUUUAUUAAAUCUGAAAGUCCAACAGUGAGGCUUCUCACUGGUAGUAGAAGUUUCAAAGGGCAAUCUCAGAGUUGAAACAUGUUUUUUCCAUGGAGCCUUUUUGAUCAAAUAUGUUCCCUCUCCCUUAUGUUUUUUGGUGUAUUGACUUUUUCAUUCUGUGUUUUGGUUACUUCGUAUUAGUAUGGGGAAGUAAUUUUGAUUUAUGAGGUGUAGACAUUUAAGUAUUUCUCUGCAUAUGUUUUCUUUUGUGUUUAUACUUGAAUUUGGUACAUUCUGUAAAAUGUCUGAAAGUUGUCAUUAUACAGUAAAAUGUUACAUAGCCAGUAAA